GUCUCGUGUUGCUGAUGAACCAGCAAAAUGAAUUCUGAAAAAGAAACCCUGUCGCAGGAGAUCUCGCCUUCGCCGCAGGUUGAAGCUGCCAGCGAGCCCUGCCCUACCGAGUUGCGCCGGCUGCUGCGGAAGAUCGACCUUCGUGUGAUUCCAAUCCUGGCGCUCUUGUAUUUCCUCAGCUUCCUUGAUCGGGGAAAUAUUGGAAAUGCCGAGAUCCAAGGGCUUUCGACCGACUUGAACCUGGUUGGAAACCAGUAUAACUGGUGUCUAACGAUAUUCUUCUUUCCAUACUCCUUCUUCGAGCCGCUUUGCAAUCUGCUGCUUGUAAGGUUCAAGCCCAGCAUCUGGCUGCCCUCCAUUAUGGUGGCCUGGGGUACUGUCACAACUCUACUAGGGAUUGUCCAAAAUUAUCCCGGCCUAUUAGCGGCGAGGUUCUUUCUUGGUCAGCAAGCACCCAUGUCUCCAUCUCUUGUUAUCCAGCUGACAGUUACAGGAUUGGCGGAAGGAGGUCUUUUCCCCGGUCUCGCUUUCUACGUUUCUCUCUGGUACCCAAGAGCAAAUGCACAAUUCAGACUCGCCAUGAUCUUUGCAUCUGCCUCAAUGGCUGGGGCGUUCUCGGGCCUUCUGGCGUUUGCCAUCAGCAAGAUGGAUGGGGUUGGAGGGUUGGAAGGGUGGAGAUGGAUAUUUAUCCUCGAAGGACUCCUGACAGUAGUAUGCGCAGUCCUGGCCUUCUUCCUGGUCUGGGAUGAGCCAGCUACGGCGACCUUCCUGUCAGACAGGGAGAAGGCCAUGAUCAUCGAUCUGUUGGCAGACUCACGAGCGAGCUCCAGCGAGGGCCAACUAGAGGAGAAAAGUGCGUUCGACUGGAAGCAAUUCAUGGCAGCAGUUCUGGACUGGCAGACAUGGAUGCACACAAUCAGCUACUGGGGAACGGCGGUCGCUGUAUAUGCACUGUCACUGUUUCUCCCGACGAUUAUAAAAGGAUUGGGAUAUAGCUCUGCUAAUGCGCAGCUGCUGACCAUCCCCGUUUACGCAGCUGCCUCCAUAUCGUGUAUUGCUGUGGGCUACUUCUCAGACAGGAUGGGCCAGAGGAGUCUCUUCACGCUUGUUUGCUACGGCGCAGUGUUUGUUGGCUUCCUCAUCGCCGUUGCCCCCAGUCGAUUCAUCCCAGGCUUGACGUAUGCAGGAUGCUUCAUCGCGGCGAGCGGCAGCUACCCAGCUAUACCCGGCCUCCUGGCCUUGUCGUCCAACAACUACGCACCAGCUACGAAACGCGCUGUCGGAAUGGCAAUUCAGAUUGGCUUAGGAAGUUUAGGAGGCGCGGCGGCGUCCAACUUCUACAAGGAAACAGAUGCCCCAAGAUAUCGCCUCGGCCACUCCUUGGUGCUGGCCUUUGUAGCAUUGGGCUUUCUGACCGUUGUCCUCUACUAUUUCCUGUGUCGGAGGAUCAACGCUAAACGCGACCGUGGAGAGGCAACUACCAGCGAGAAUUCGGAUGGGAUAUUUGAGAUGGGCGACAAGGCACCGACCUUCCGCUACAAUCUGUAGGUAUUCCGUGGGUAGGCUGAUGGUAUAGCUGGAAAGAGUGGCAAGAGUGGCACGAUAACAUUGCGAAAUUAUCCCCCGUCUUGAUAUCCCAAUAGCCAAUUGUGCCAGAGAGUAUUGUCAUUGGACAUCGUGUAGGGCAAUUCCCACGGGGCCUGGCGCGGUAUAUCCGCAAUAAUGCUAUCAAUAUCUAGACCCAUCGAACUGUCCUCAACCGUAUCAUGCGCCUGUGGAUUUGGAGUGUUAGAGUCUUCCCCUGGAGCCUCUGGACUAUGGUCAGUCUCCUGCCGACGUUGUUGGUCAAACAUGUCGAAGAACAACUGGCGGAUCCAGCUUGCCAGCACAUGGCACUCUUCAAAGUCCUUCAAGGCGAGUAGCUUGUACUUGAUGGAGCUCAGCAGCGCAU